CAUUAUUUGGGUAUUAGGAUUUAUGACCGAAGUCACCAUCACACAACUCAAGUGCCAGUUAGUGUGGGUUGUAUCAUCAGCCUGGUCAAACCAACAACUUGAAAAUAUGAAUUCCCAACUUCUCUAUAAAGAAUAAUGUGUGUGACGUAUGUAUUUCUUCAUCGUAUAUGCAUUUUCCAAACAUUAUGUGCAAAUUAUGGUCAAAUUUGAAAUUUUUCUAAAAAUCAUUAUUUUCAUUGACAAAAAUGGGCCUUUAAAAUAUAUGUAUUAAACUAUUUGACAAGUUUUCACAUGGGGCAUGAUAGUUUAUAGCAUAUGUUUCUAUUGUAGACUGUCAUGUCAAAGACGUCCCCAGAAGUAACUCCUGACACCCAUUUACAGGAACCUGCAGCACCAGUAGUUGAAGAUUCCAUCGAAAAAGGGCAACAGUCUGCCAUGUUAAAUCGUUUACUAGGGAAGGGCAGCUAUGAAUCAUUUGAUAUGAGAUGUAUGGUGACCGGCCAAUUUUCAGUUGGAAAAUCGACUCUUGUGAAGCUGUUAGCUGGAGAUGUCAUACCAGAAGGGCGACAUCCGACUGAUGGAAUUUCUCUGGUUGAAGGUCGCUGUGGCCUUGAUAUUGAGACAAAAAGUUGGAUUCUUAUUGAUCCAGAAGCUUAUAAUGCCCUAGAUGUUGUGUAUAAUAAAGUGUUAAUGACCUCUCUGGAAGAGGAGGAAAGUGAAAUAGCCGAAAAGUUAGAUCAGGCUGUAGAAACAAGCCCAACUGGUUAUGCAAAAGCCACACUUUCCUCUUUGCCCUCAGAACAGUCUGCAGCAGCACAAUCUCUGCCACCUCAGAAAUCCUCCAACGUGUCUCUCACGGUAAUACAGUUGAAAGAGAAAAUGAAAACCAAAAUGACCAAAGAAGAAAUAAGAAGGAAAAUGGAAAAAGUCCUCAAAAGUGGGAAGUAUAAGAUGAAAGUUGGACGUCUUAUCUUCUGGGAUUUUGGUGGACAAUAUGUUUAUUUAACAACACACCAGACCUUCAUGACGUUCCGAGCGUUAUUUCUUGUUGUCUUUGAUGGGAGCAAAGAUUUGCAUGAACAGGUCCCUGAUGUGUUAUGUUUUCCAGGGCAUCACAUGACACCAACUGCAGCAGUAUUCUUGCAAUAUUGGGUCAAUUCCAUCCUGACCUAUUGCAAGGUUGUAUAUGCAGGCAUUCCUAAGAUCUUGUUUGUUGCCACUCACAAGGACAAAGUACCAAAGGAGAAUGUUGAGACACGACGUGAAGAGCUUUACAGUGGAAUUGAGGAGUUGUUUAAAGACCAUGAGGGACAACAUCAUCUGGUCCUUAGGCCUCUAAUAUUUGUCAAUGCCAAAGAUCAAGCUGACCCAGAAAUAGAAGUUCUGAAGAAAACAAUUACAGAUCUUACAUUCGACCACCCAUGUUGGGGCGAAAGGAUGCCGAAUGCUUGUGUUCCACUAGAGCUUGAGAUCGCUGAACUAGUGGCAGAAGGAAAACAAAUUAUGUCUUUGGCUGAAGUUAAAGAAUUAAAUGCCAACAGCGAGGUGUCUGUCCUGUCCCCUGAGCAGUUGACUGAUUUUCUACAUUUUCAGCAUUCUCUUGGGAAGAUUGUUUAUUUUGAUACCCCACAGCUGAGAGAUAAUGUAAUGAUCAGCCCCCUUCUUAUGGUGGAAGUUAUGAGAUCUUUUAUCACUGAUGUUGCAUUUUGGCCAAAAGAAGAUGGAACAAGCAAAACCUUCAAAAAGAUGUCUGAAUAUGGAAUGAUACGAAGAGAAGACCUCUACCAGAUUUGGGAGCAAAAAGAAUUCAGUCAGAUUUUGCCAUUUAAAGAGUACAUAUUUGAUAUGCUGAUACAUCUAGAUAUCGUAUCUGAACAGCGUAGAUAUGAUACAAAAACAGGAAGUCGGCUACCAAUAGAACACUUCUUUGUACCAAGUAUGCUGACACAAAGAAACAAUACAGAUUACUUGACACAAGAAUGUACACCAGAGAAGACUGUUAGUUUGGCCUUUGCUUUUAAAGGCACCAUCAUACCUCCAGCCUUACCAAACCGUCUAAUAUGCGCAUGUCUGAGUAUAUGGACCUUAAAACAAUACCGUGGAAGGAAACUUAUGUUUUCUGGGUUUGUUGGGUUAUCAGUUGAUAAAGAGCAUGAUAUCGUUGUCUGUGUAGAAGGCAACAAGAUCUUACUGUACCUAGUCCACAAGCGAUCCAAGGGUUUGAUAAUACCUGAUAUAGCCACCAGUGUCCGGGAUUGUUUGUUUAUUACUUUAGAGAGAAUCUCGGAAUUUUAUCAGUCCUCCAUCCAUUGUAAAGCCAGCAGCAAGUUACCCUUCCACACUGAGUAUUCCUGCUCAAAAUUAAGCUGCUUUACUUCAGAAAACAAGAUGGCUUCGGAAAUUGAAGAGUGUCUUUGUGAACACGGUGAAAACAUUAAAGAUAACUGGAGUAUUUGGAACAAGAAAAAGGAACAAAAGCAGUGUGAUGCUAAUUGUCCAGGUUUGAGUGAAGAUGCAUUAUCUCAGAUUCCAAGUAACACAGAGUUGCUUCAUUUAUCUGUUAAUUGUGAGACACGCAUGCUACAUGAAUUGGCUCUCCAUCUUGAAAUGGACCAAAUGGUAUGGAAUGACUUGGAAGACAAUUACCCAGGAAACAUACAGAUUGUCAAAUUUUUGACACUUAUGCAUUUGAAAGAGAAUGAUGAAUUCAGUUUCGCAGAAUUGGAUAACGGAUUGAGAAAAAUGGAAAUAACAACACAUAAAUUAUGUGUGGUUCGGCGAAGAAAACAAGUGAAAUCUAGUAUUCCUGACGAUAUUUUAGACUGUAUACCAUCGGAUGAAAUUUUAGAUAUAUUAGCACCGCUGAUUGGUAAGAUAGUUUUCCAACUAGGAAUAGAACUUGGACUGUCUGUAGAAGAUAUAGAGAGUAUCAAAGAGAAAUGUGAUCGUGAUUUGCCGGCACAGAAUAAGGAAGUUUUGUUUACAUGGAGGAAAGACAGAACAGUGAAACCUACAAUACGGGUUCUUGAGCAAGCAUUUGUAAAUAUUGGUAAAGGAGCAAAGUGUUUAAAGGAGGUUGUAAAGGAUGUUGAUCCCAAUACACUUAAAGCAGUAGAAACUGCUACAGAUAGAAUCAGAGAAAACGAAAACAGAAUCAAACAGGACAUACAAAUCAGCCAAAUUUUAGACCAUAUGAUGACACAUCUGGUGAUAUCAGCAGACGACAGACGUGAUAUUGAACAUUAUCAUCGACAAGAUGAUCAGAACAAAGCAUUGCUGGAUAUUGUGAUUCAAAGGAGAGAACCUGCUUACAGUGUUUUUGUUGAUGGAUUACGUAAUUAUGGAUACGAGGAUAUCGCUAAUGAUUUGAAAUGUGAUUUACAGGAGAUUAGUCCAAUUACAGCAUUAGUAUCUGCUAAAGAUGAAGGCUUAUCAGACUGGAAUGUUCCAUUGUAUAAAGUUCGUCUACAGAAGAAUUACAUCAAGAUCAUUACUGAUAUACAACAUGACAGCAUAGUAGAUCAUCUAAUAACAAGAGAGGUAGUGUCAGUUGAUGAUGGAAAGAAGAUAGAAUCUGGUAAAACCCCACAGGAAAAGAACAGGACGUUAAUGGACAUGCUUUUACAUAAAAAUGAACGGGGAUUUAAUGAAUUUCUCAAAGCCCUACGAAAAGACUCAAUUUAUGCAGAUCUGGCAGAUGAAAUAGAAAAGACGGAAGUUACGAGCACUGAUAUCGCAACCCUUCAUAAAUGCUUGAAAUAAGAUAAAUGUAAUUUCUUUCAGAAAUAAAAACAACUGUACACGACAAGAUAAAGACAACUAAGACAAACACCAGUAAGCAAUCAAUAGAAGUAGGUAUUGUCAAUCCAAUGCUUAAUGAUUUGGUCACUUAAACCAUCAAUGCGAAUGAAUCACAAUAUACUAGUGAUAACAAUCUUUUAUAUUAAACAUAUUUCAUGUGUGAGUGGCAAGGAAAAAGCUAAAAUAUGUACUAACCCUUUUUACGAGUGUUCAUUCGUUAACACAAAUCCCUUUUACUAGUGUUCGUUCCUAAACAGAUAUGAUGAUUAUGAAACAGUCAUGACAUAUUCUGUUCAAGAAAAUAAUUUUAAUGUAUUUUAAUAUAAAAUAUCGGAAACCCGUAAUUGGAAAGUUCAUAUGCACAACUUUUUUUUUUCAAAGGUCAAAAAAUAUGGCUGUGCGGCAUAUUUUCAACAUUUAUAUGCCUCGAACUUCCAAGAAUUAAAACCUAUACUAAAAUUAUGUACUUCCUCUCACUUAAUAUUUGGUCCUUCUCAGAAUUUUAUUUGGCCGCUAUCCAUGUGCAUUCAUACUGGUAAAGUUUCCAAGAUGUGUCUCUGUAAAUGAAACAUAGAUAUCAUAUCUGGGAACCAGUAGGUAAACAAAACAUCUAUCAAUAGUAUAUAUCCCAAAAGAGGCGUGGUUUGUGAAACAGCUGUAUUUACAAAGUGCAACCUAAAAAAAAUGUCAUAACUUAAUACAAUAUACUAUAUGUACUAUAUUGAUAAAUUUUGAACAACCUACAUAGCUGCAAUUAGGUUAUCAAUUUCAGUUCAUUCCUAACUUUGUAUGUUAAUCUCUUAAAGCUGUUUAAUGUUACCUUUAUAGUCAAAUUAGGUCUACAUUUUAAGUCUAAUGAAUAAUAAAGUAUGCACAUAUGAAAUAAAUAAUCAGAGACUGAAUCUUGUCCUUAAGGUGUUGCUGAAUUUUUUGACAUUAGCUUGUUGUAUAUUGUGUUUAUCAAACAUCUACUUUUAAAUGUACUUUUGUAAAUAAAAUUGUGUCUUCAUAAAUAUAGUUUUGAACAAAAAUGCAACGAUAUGCUCUUAUUAUGUAAAUAUAGGUGUUGUUACAUAAGAUGGUAUUCCACAACGAAUGUUUUUGACAUAACGCAUCUGUUCUGUCAAAUGAACUUAUCUUUCAACCAUCAGAAAAUAGGAUUUUAAAUCCAAACAGAUCAGUGAUAAUUGUUUAAUUAUAUUAUAUUUUCAAAGAAUUGAAAGUGUUUGAGAACAUAUCAAAUGUCAAAAACCAUUUGUAGACCUACACCCAAGCAAAUGUCCGGCCUGUCCUAACUCAGGCUAUCUGCACCAUGUGUUGUUUGUUAGUGAUUUAGCUCAAUGCUAUUCAAGUUCCUGCUUGAUUUGACCUUUUAUCAUUUUUAUUCAGUCAUAACUGAUGAAUCUUUUGCUAAAAUUCAUCAGAAGAUACCAAGACCUUGUUGAUAAAUAUUCCUUAUCAAGUUCACCAAUAACACAUGAUGGUCUUGAAGUAUAGAUUUUAGUUACUGACGUUGUUUAUCAUCCUAAUUACGUGUUGUAGUGUUCUUUUCUUGUGUUUGUAAAUUACUGUUACUGUUUAUUCACUUUUUAGCUCACCGUUCCAAAGGAACUGUGAGCUUUUGCCAUCACUUGGCGUCCGUCGUCCGUCCGGGAUAAAAAAAUUCAAAGAUCUUCUCCUCUGAAACUACUGAACCAAUUUCAACCAAACUUCAGCUGAAUGAUUCUUAGAGUAUCUAAAAUAAUGUUUGUGUUUUAUUGUCUGUUUCGUCAAAAAACAUGGCCGCCAUUGCUAAAAAUAGAACAUAGGGGUAAAAUGCAGUUUUUGGCAAAUCUGAUAUGGGAUACAAUGUUCAUAAUUUCCAGUUCUAUCAGCCCUGAAAUUUUCAGAUGAAUCUAACAACCCAUUGUUGGGUUGCUGCCACUAAAUUGGUAAUUUUAAGGAAAUUUUGCAGGUUUCGGUUAAUAUCUUAAAUAUUAUUAUAGAUAAAGAUAUACUGUAAACAUCAAAAAUGUUCAGCAAAGUAAGAUCUACAAAUAAGUUUCAUCAGACCAAAUUGUCAAUUGACCCCUUUAAGGAGUUAUUGCCCUUCAAAGACAAUUUUUUCACAAUUUGUUCAUCUAGACUGCUUACUUUAAAAAAUCUUCUCAUUUGACACUGCUGAAUCAAUUUUAGCCAAACUUGGGCUGAGUGAGUUUCAGAGUAUCUAGUAUAAUUUUUUUAUUUUAUUUCCUUGUAUGUCAAGAAACAUAGCCACUAUGGAUAAAAUGGAACAUAGGGGUAAGAUGCCUUUUUUUUGCUUUUGAAGAAAAUAUGACGGAUACAAAGAACAUUUAAAUGGCAUUUUUAAGCCACUCAUUGACAUAUAUUGAAAAGCAAAAAUAAUUAUUGAUGAAAGAUUUAAGCAAAAAAUUACAGGUGAGCGAUUCAGGCUCUUGAGAGCCUCUUGUUUGGUAAUACCCUUUUGGUGAGGCUCAGUACUUCAACAUCCCGCCAUUGUGUUAUUGUGCUAUGGACAUUUUUGUAUUCUUGUCUUUCAUUUUUGCUUAUGUGCUUUGGUCUAUAUGCCAUUUUGUUUUUCUUUGUUGAUAUAUUUUUCUUUUUUUUUUAUAGUGAUCAAGAUUAUAACACAAUGUUGACUGCUGUACCCCUUUUUUUGACAUUUUUAUCUAUCAUGUCUGUUUGUUUUGUUCACACAUUGUUAUCAAUAUAAUAGAAUUUUAUGUGACUGUAAUACAAGUGAGAUGUUUAGUUAGCUAUAAAACCAGGUUUAUUUCACCGUUUUCUACAUUAGAAAAUGCCUGAACCUUAUAUUUUUGAUAUUUUACUUUUUUUAUAAACGAGGAAUACAAUAAUGUUCACAAUGAUAAGCCUGAAAUCUUUUAUGAGUUUUUUUUAUGUUGUACGUCUGUUUUAUUUGAAGGAGUUGAGUGUGUAUAAUUUCAAUUGCAAUAUUCAUUGUCAGUUUUACAAAAUUUAACCCCCUUUUCCUUUCAUCGCCAAUAUCAAAAUUUGUAAAUAAAAAUAAGGAGAUUUGAUAUGAUUGCCAAUUAAACAACUAUCCACCAAAGUUCAAAUAAUGUGGAAGUAAGCAAUUAUAGGCAACUGUAUGGGCUUCAACAGUGAGAAAAACCCAUACCAUAAAGUCGGCUAUAAAAGGCCCCAACAUGACAAAUAUGAAACAAUUCAAUUGAGAAAACUAACGGCCUAAUUUAUAACAAAACAAUUUAUGAAAAACAAAUAUGACAGACGUGAACCAACGACAACCUCUGACCUACAGGCUUCUGACUUGGGACAGGCACAUACAGAAUGUGGCGGGGUUAAACAUGUUUGUGAGCGCUCAACCCUCACCUAACCUGGGACAGUGUUUCAUAGUUAUUUGAUUUUCUUCCACUUAUAACCUUUAUUCCAUUAUUAACUAUUUAUAUUGAUUUUAUAUGAACAUGUUAAAAUAUUCUUUAAUAUUUAAUAGUGAUAAGAUUUUGUCAGAAAUUAUUUUGCAACAAUGAUAGUCCGAUUUCACGCUUGAUAAUGUUCUCCUUGUACUCAAUCACUCCAAACGUGUAUAAAAAAAUCCUAAGCCUGAUUUGUCUUAAAUUUGUCAACCUUUUUCAAUGCUUAUACAUUUUGCCUUCAAACUCUUUGCAUUAGCACAACUGUUUUAUUUUAAAUACCUAGUGACUUUGUAAUCUACAAAUUUAAUAUGUUAUGAUACCGUUGUGUUUGUUGUUGAUGUGAUUAUUGAAUCACUAUUUGUGUUUUAGUUGUAUCUUCUACUUAUAUACAUGUAUAAACUGUUAAUGCAGUCUACCUUCCUUUAAGGUAAAAACAAAAUACAUACA